CAAAUCAGAUCAAUCAUCAACCCCAUCACACAGUCUCGCUUCUUAGCCUCUUUCGCAUCGCUACCCGAUCGAGCUUUCGAGCUGCGAUCGCCCAAAGUCGUCAAGACGUUCUCCAACCUGCUCAACUCGUAAGCACAUCACCCCGCCAGCGACACAGAUCACUAACGCCGCCCGCAGGGUCCACCACCCGUACGCAGGAGCCCGUUGCUCUGCCUCCCCUGGAAGCGCAGCGGACUCGACCCCAAGCGGUUAAGAGUCUAUUGUUGCCGAUCAAGGCUGCAAUUCCUGACCUGAAUUUGUGCGAAAAUGGCACCACACGCUGAGACUGACGCGGGCUCCGCGAACGGUGGUGGACACUACCACGCCAACGGCAUUGGCAAUGGCCAUGGCAACGGCAGCGCCUCGGCCACGCGCCCCAAGUUUGUCGUCAACUCGCCCAACGUGGUCUACACGGACUCGGAGAUCCGGUCCAAGUACACGUACCGCACCACCAAGGUGACCGAGGGCGCCGACGGCACGCGCGUGGUCACGCCCGUCGAGACGGUGUAUGACUUCAAGGUCGACACCAAGGUGCCCAAGCUGGGCGUCAUGCUGGUCGGCUGGGGCGGCAACAACGGCACGACCGUGACCGCCGGCAUCAUCGCCAACCGCCGCGGCCUCGUCUGGGAGACGCGCAACGGCCGCCAGGCCGCCAACUAUUACGGCUCCGUCGUCAUGGGCUCGACCCUCAAGCUCGGCACCGACUCCAAGACGCUUGAGGACGUCAACAUCCCCUUCCACGACAUCCUGCCCAUGGUCCACCCCAACGACAUCGUCAUUGGCGGCUGGGACAUCAACGGCAUGAACCUGGCCGACGCCAUGGACCGCGCCAAGGUGCUGGAGCCGAGUCUCAAGGCGCUCGUCCGCAAGGAGAUGGCCGCCAUGGUGCCGCUACCGAGCAUCUACUACCCCGACUUCAUCGCCGCCAACCAGGAGGACCGCGCCGACAACCUGAUCCCGGGCUCCAAGGCGUGCCUUGCCCACGUCGAGCAGAUCCGCAAGGACAUCCGUGACUUUAAGGCGGCCAACAACCUGGACAAGGUCAUCGUGCAGUGGACGGCCAACACGGAGCGCUACGCCGACAUCAUCCCCGGCGUCAACGACACGGCCGACAACCUGCUCAAGGCGAUCGAGAACGGCCACGAGGAGGUGGCGCCGUCGACCGUGUUCGCCGUGGCCUGCAUCCUCGAGGGCGCCCCAUUCAUCAACGGCUCGCCACAGAACACGUUCGUGCCCGGCGCCAUCGAGCUGGCCGAGCGGCACGGCGCCUUCAUCGGCGGCGACGACUUCAAGUCGGGCCAGACCAAGAUGAAGUCGGCACUGGUGGAUUUCCUGAUCAACGCGGGCCUCAAGCUCAAGUCCAUCGCCAGCUACAACCACCUGGGCAACAACGACGGCAAGAACCUGAGCUCGCAGAGGCAGUUCCGCUCCAAGGAGAUCUCCAAGUCCAACGUGGUCGACGACAUGGUGGCCGCCAACACGGUCCUGUACGGCAAGGACGAGCACCCGGACCACGUGGUCGUCAUCAAGUACAUCCCGGCGGUCGGCGACAGCAAGCGCGCCCUCGACGAGUACUUUGCCGAGAUCUUCCUCGGCGGCCACCAGACGAUUUCCAUGUCCAACAUCUGCGAGGACAGCCUGCUCGCCUCGCCGCUGAUCAUCGACCUGGUCGUCAUCACCGAGCUGAUGACGCGCAUCCAGUGGCGCCUGCACUCCGACGGCGACAACGGCAAGUUCAAGAGCUUCCACAGCGUGCUGAGCGUGCUCAGCUACAUGCUCAAGGCGCCGCUGACGCCGCCCGGCACGCCCGUCGUCAACGCCCUGGCCAAGCAGCGCGCCGCGCUCGCCAACAUCUUCCGCGCCUGCGUCGGCCUCGAGCCCGAGUCGGACAUGACGCUCGAGCACAAGCUGUUGUGAGUUCUCGAGAGGAGUCUUCGCCGGGGUGGUGCUGAGUGGUGAUGUGUGAUGGUGGAAGCGACGUGGUUGCGUGGAGGGGGUGCUGAGGGGGGUAGCUUGCUCGCUUGCUUGUUGAGAAAUGGGGCCUUCUCCCUCCCUCUCUCUACCUGCCAUCGGGCCUUCUCUUCUUUUGUUUCUGGGCUGGGCUCCUGAGGGCUGCUCAAGGAGUAGCACUCGGUUGUUCAGCAAUUUGCACAAAAUUUUGAACUGCUGUCCUUGACCGGAAGCGGUUCUUAAGCCGGAGGGUUCCGAGAUCACCACGUGGGUCAACGAGCCUAUUCUCUGGCAACAGCUAUAAGGGGGGUGUUAUCUCAUCCCGUAGACAGACAUUCAUUACCGCAGCAAAUUCCAUCUUCGGGAUUAACCCCCA